AUGGCCUCGGAUUCGACCUCAUCCAAAGGGGGAGGCCUGUCUCUCUAUGCCAAUCUCCUCGACCCAUCGUCCAAUACAUCCUCUCCCGGAACAAUUUCUCGCGCCCCAGUCGUCUUCAAGCAGGCUUCGGAAGGCGACUCACAGACAGAUGAUUCAGCUGCCAAAAAGCAGCAAUUAAGUGCUGCUUCUCUUCGAUUUCAGCCUACGAAAAGACCACAGCUAGCGGCUCAGAAGCCUAAGCCGAAACCAGCGCUGCCAAAGACGACCCCUGCCGCUGCGUCUGCGCCGGCUCCCCCCGUGAAGACCACUCUUGCGGACUGGGCAGCAACCGAGGAAGACGAUGUCAAUGGAUUCUACGUUGGCGAGAAGAGACAGCGCGGCGGACGUAAAAAGCGCAAGAAGAACCGGGAAGCGCAGGCGUUCGUCCAGAAUUGGGACGACAUCUACGACCCUUCAAGACCGAACAUCUACGAAGAGUAUAAGCAUAGUGAUGAGCAGAUUGCUGAGGUGCGCGAGUGGAAAGAUCGCCUCUACGCACAUCGGAUGGCACGGUCGCCGAGCAGGGACUCGUACAGCGACGAUGAAUCGAGACCACUGAACAGACAAUUUGCGCCUCCGAGGAGUUUCGCGCCUCCGCCUAAUCUCAACGAUAUCCCUCCUGCACCGCUUGAUGAAGCCACAGGAGACGAUGCAUUUGCUCGACGCGCGCGCAUGACGGUAGGUCAAUUAGAUACAUUAAUGUCUGGUCAGACGCCUCCUCCGCCUCCUCCCGAAGAGCCAUCUGCUCCAAUUCCAGAUGACCCCACCGGUGAAGAUGCCUACCUGAGACGGCUGCAAAUGGCGACUGGAGCUCAGCCUGCGCCGCACCAGCCCCCUGCGCCUCCGCCUAGGCCUUUGGAUGCGCUGCAGCCAGCCUCUGCCACUAUCUCUCGUGCGCCGGUCCGAUAUACCCUGCCUCCACCUCCGGAAGAUAUUCCGGCCACAGAAGCAGAGCUUGAAGAAGUCUUUGCGAAGGAAGAACCUGCAGAGGAUACACCCGACGAAGAAGGCGGCCAGCGCUCGCUCCGACCGGGACAAAAGGGAUUUGCUGAGAGAUUGCUGGCGAAGUAUGGGUGGACUAAAGGAUCUGGCCUGGGUGCCACGGGGUCGGGUAUCGUCAAACCGUUGCAGGUCAAAGUUGAGAAGCAGAAGAAGCGACCAGACUCGGAAGGCGGUGGUUUUGUUACUCCUGCUGGCAGGGGCAAAAUCAUUGGUGGUAAGAGGAAAGCGGACGAAGAGGAGGGCAAGUUCGGCCGUAUGAGCGAAGUCAUCAUCCUCAAGGGUAUGCUUGAUGGGAUGGACCUGGAUGCUGAGCUCGAGGGUGAUCAAGACGGAGGGCUGAUGCAAGAGAUCGGCGAGGAAUGCUCAGAAAAGUACGGUCGUGUGGAGCGUGUCUUCAUUUCCCGUGAAUCUGGGCCUCCUGUGCCGGUCUUUGUCAAGUUUACUAACCAGUUAUCGGCUUUACGCGCGGUGAAUGCCCUGGAAGGCCGAGUGUUCAACGGCAACACAAUCACAGCACGUUUCUAUGACACUCAGAAAUUCGAAGAAGGGAUAUAUGACGAUCAGUAG